UUCACUUCUAAUUAUUGAGAUGAAAGCGGAAUUAAAUCCAUGUGCGCACUUCCUGGUCAUAUAAAAGUUUGGGGGUCCGCUGAAUUGGUUGCCACAGGUUUAUCAAGACUCGUUUAUCACCUGCUGGACCACCACGCCACAAUCCUAAUUUUGCUUUCACUUCUUCAACUCUGUGAGAAGCUGUUUUUCAGCCAGGGGUAAAAUGGAUAAACAGCCCAUCCUGAGCACUUCUGAGUGUUAUGGGGCGACGAGCUCUGGCUAUGCUCCUGCCGCGGGGGCCAUGCCCGCAAUGUAUGCCCCACCCACAUCUGAGAUCCAAGGGCCCAGCGCUCCUCCGGCCAGCAUGUUUGACAGUGUGCCUGGCUAUGAGGGAACAGUGGCUGGAGGAGGAGGCGGAUUCCUGCCCCCUCCGAUGCCGUCCUUCCCAGUUCCUCAGCCUGAACCUGGACCCUCACAGCCCCACUGGAAUAUCCCCUCUAUAUCUGAAGAUACAGCGCGGGAGGCCUUCGUCCUGUUUGCCUCCAAUAAGUGCUGCUACAGCUCAGGUCCAGCCAAGGAUGGUGUCAUUACCGGCAUGGAGGCAUUCAACACAUACAGGUACCGCCUGGAAACGUUUACUGAGUCCAGAUCUACAGAGUGGAGUCAGGAGCCAUACCGUGGCCAGUCAGUUGAUGCCUUCUCCCAGCCGCCUCCGGGGCCGUGGGAUAUUCCUGCUAAAACCCCCGGUUUCUUUCAGGAUGGCAAACAGAGUAUCAGGGUUCCCUACACCUCGUCUGUGAAGACCUGCCAUGUUUGCUUGGGGAUGGGGAAGAGACCUUGUUCUGAGUGCGCUGGUGCUGGUAAUAAAGUUUGCUGGGUGUGCAAUGGAUCUGGUUACCGCCUCAGUGAUGAUCGAUGCAGCCACUGUAAUGGCAGAGGGAGAGAAAACUGCAGUCAUUGUCACGGCCAAGGAUCAAAGCAGUGUUCGACGUGCCAUGGAAAACAACAACUUCUGACCUACAUCAACCUCACUGUGAAAUGGACUAACAACCAAGACAGCUACGUUGUGGAACAGCAAAGUGGACUUCAGGUGGACAACCUCAGCAAGGUUUCUGGCAAGGAGCUGUUCAGAGACUCUCAGUACCUGGUGUACCCAGUAAUGGGCUUCCCUGACCCCUCAGUGGUGCGAGCUGCCGAGCGCCUUGUCAAUGAACACCAGGGCAAGUACUCGCGGACAUCACGCAUUCUCCAGCAGCGUCAGACUAUUGAGCUGAUCCCCAUCACCAAGGUGACGUACAGCUGGAAAGGGAAUUCACACAUUUACUUUGUUUAUGGGAAUGAGUUCAAAGUUAGUGCAGAUAAUUAUCCAGCUACUUGUUGCUGCACUAUAAUGUGAGUGAUAGCUAAAAUUAUCCUGGAUCAAUAAUGAAGAAAUGGGUCACAAGUCCUAUACACCUGAAGUCCUGCAGAAAUACAUGUGAUUACUUGCAUUAUUUAGCUUAUGCAUGAUCAUUGGGAAAAAAAAAAAAUACAUUUACACGAUAUAACCUGUUAUCUCAUUAUGCUGCUUGUAAUUAAACUAUAUUUUUACUAUUAGGCAACAGUGAUUAUUUUUCCAUGUUAAUAAAGUUAGUCAUUUUAGAUAAAGCCCUAUAUUUUUAGUCACUCAUGGUUGUUUUUAGGUCAGGGCUGAUGUACUCACAAUGAAAUUAUACUGGGGAAAAUGUGUAACACGUGUUUUGUAAUAAUCCAUCUGUCUUAAUAAAAGAUGUUUUCGCAA